AAUGGAGCUGGGAUGGAGGAGGUGUGCUUUUAUUCCAGAGUGUGUCAUUUGAGCGGAGUCUCCUGAAACUGCAGCUAACUGAACGGAGGCUGUGUUAGAUCCCCUGGGUUGUUAAGCUGGCACACCCCGGAGAGUAGGCGACAGAGCAGGCGAGAGAGGCAGUAGAGGAGGGCAGGAAGCCGCACGCCUAGCUGGGCUUAUCCCUUCAACUUUGGCUUUUGCUGUGGUGAUGAUUGUAACAGGAGGAGGAAGAGCUAGGAGAAACCCCUGAGGGAAAAAAACGAAAGGAGAGGUGAGAAACUCAACUGGAAAAAAAGUGCCAGCGGGAGUGAAAACAGCCGGCAGAUGCAAACGGGGAGGCCAAAGGAAGAGGAGGAAAAGCCUGAGCUCCCGCAACCUGCUGCUGGGAUUUAGACAAAGGAGGUUUUUAGAGAGGCGGGAUCAGAUUCUAAUAUCGGCUUGAGGAGAGAGCCCGCAGCUGGGCUGGGGAAGAUGAAACAGCCGGAAUUCUCAGUGACUGGAGCGUGUACCACAACCAGAGCUCCCAGGAAGAAGUAAGUCUGGGAAGGGAUUUGCAGAGCUUGAUGGGCGCUGACAUCUCGCUGCUCUGUAAGGCAUGCCUCCGUCCUUGCGUUACCUCUUCAUAGUCUCUGUAACGACUGUCAUAGUUUUUAUUGUUCUCUACGUGUUAAGUUUUGGGGGAGAUCAAAGCUACCAGAAGCUGAACAUCUCAGACUCUGUGAUGCUGACUCAGGUGUGCACCUCCUUUGUCAAUGGGAAAACCCCUUUCCUGUGGAGGAACAAACUGAUGAUCCACGAGAAGCCUUCUUGCACAGAAUAUGUGACCCAAAGCCACUAUAUCACAGCCCCUUUAUCUCAGGAAGAGGUCGAAUUUCCUUUGGCAUAUGUCAUGGUCAUCCAUCAUAAUUUUGACACCUUUGCAAGGCUCUUCAGGGCUAUCUUCAUGCCUCAAAAUGUCUACUGUGUUCAUGUGGACGAAAAGGCAACAGCUGAAUUCAAAGGUGCAGUGGAACAGUUAGUGAACUGUUUCCCCAAUGCCUUUAUGGCUUCUAAGACAGAGCCUGUGGUCUAUGGUGGAAUCUCCCGGCUCCAGGCUGACUUGAAUUGCAUCAAAGAUCUGUCCACCUCUGAGGUCCCCUGGAAAUAUGCCAUCAACACCUGUGGGCAGGACUUCCCCCUGAAAACCAACAAGGAAAUAGUUCAGUACCUGAAAGGGCUGAAGGGGAAGAAUCUCACUCCAGGGGUGCUGCCCCCAGCUCAUGCAAUCGGAAGGACCAAGUAUGUUCACCGGGAACACCUGAGCAAAGAGCUUUCCUAUGUCAUCAGAACCACCACACUGAAGCCUCCACCCCCCCACAACCUCACCAUUUACUUUGGCUCUGCCUAUGUUGCUCUAUCGAGAGAGUUUGCCAACUUUGUUCUGCACGACCCCCGGGCAGUUGACUUGCUCCAUUGGUCCAAAGACACUUUCAGUCCUGAUGAGCACUUCUGGGUGACGCUCAAUAGGAUUCCAGGAGUCCCCGGUGCCAUGCCAAAUGCAUCCUGGAUGGGCAACCUCAGAGCUGUGAAGUGGAUGGAUAUGGAAGCUCAGCAUGGAGGCUGCCAUGGUCACUAUGUACAUGGCAUUUGCAUCUAUGGAAAUGGAGACUUAAAAUGGCUAGUAAAUUCACAAAGCCUAUUUGCUAACAAAUUUGAGCUCAACACAUACCCUCUUACUGUGGAGUGCCUGGAACUUCGGCUUCGAGAGAGAACCCUCAAUCAGAGUGAAAUUGCCAUACAGCCCAGCUGGUAUUUUUGAUCUUUGAUGGGAAAUCAAAGGCGUGAAGAAGAGCCUUCCUCUCCAAGAGACUCUUGCCUUGGCUGUGCUGGAGGCUUCAGAAACGGGUUUCAGGAGAACAUCAGGACUUGGCUUCGUGGCUAUACUUAAAAUAUCCACUGGAUACUGUGAUCCAUUCAUUGACUGGAUGGCUGGGUGCAGCUGUCCUGGUGUUUUUAGCUGGUCUGGCCAUUUCAUUUGAAUGUCUUGCCUUCCUCUUCUGCCUCUUCUUUUUUCUUCUUUUUUAAAGACAAGCUCUUGCUAUAUAUCUCUGGCUACCCUGGUUCUUGCCAGGUAGGUAGCCCAGGAUGGCCUUGAACUCAGUUCUCCCACCUCACCAUAACCCCCACCCCCCCCCCCGUCAACUGCUGCUAUUACAAAUGUGUACAAACAACCACACCUGGCUCUGAUGUCUGGCAGUCACUUGAUGCUCAUCUGCCUCUUAGUCUGCUUACUGUGGUUGAUGAUAAAUUUAAAUGCGGCGGUUCUCUGUGCCAGAUACUCAUAUUAGUAUAUCCUGCCAGAAAGGAGCAUGGUGGGAAUACUGUCUAAGAAUAUCAAACCUUGGUUUAUUUGAGGAGGAAGCUUUCAUACCAUCUUGGUAGCAACUAUGCAUUCAUGCAAACAUAGGUAUAGAGACAGCUUUCCAGUAACUCACCACUUUCAUUUAAUCAAGUACUGAUUGGAGGUGGUGGCGCCACGCCUUUAAUCCCAGCACUUGAGAGGCAAAGGCAGGCGGG